UGUAGGUUUCGUAUAGGAUAGAAACGUCAACAUAAAUCAUUCUACAUCGUCCGCCAAAGAGUCAACACCUAAAAUAAAAACCUGAAAGUGAAAGUGAAAAUUGUUAAAGUCAAAAUAUAUUUUUUUUAGUUUACAAUGAACCCGCAAGAUGAAAUAGCAACAACAUCAUCAGCUAUCGAAAACCCAAUGAGUCAUAUACCCAAGCAUGAUGUUGCUGUUUUUGGUGUGUCUUCUGAUUUGAAUGAUAUUAAUUUACCAACCGAUCUGGAUAUCUUGAGAUAUUAUUUUUACUUAAGCGAACGUGCAAAAACAGAACAAAAAAAGUUUUCUUAUAAACAAUUCUCUAAUCACGUAACAGAUAGGUUGGUUGGAAUUUGGGAAAAACUUGGUAUGGAAAUAAUUUCAAAAAAAUAUGUUGCUGUUAAAUUUAAUAGAUUGGUUGACAAAUACCAAGCCGAAAUUAAGAAGACGAAUAGAGACCUUUUAGUGUUUACCGGUACUCUGAACGAAAUUUUUUAUAUUGGAGCAUGUAAAUGCGAUUUGACGGCAGCUCAAUGUAACUGCGGUUUGGUUCCAGAACGCCUCAAAGAGUUUAUGCACGAUCAACAUAAACAGAGAAGACUAACAAUUGAUGCAUUUCUGAUGGAAAUUGGAGAGCAAGGGACAUCGUCAUCAAUGCCAACAAUGCCAACAUACGAAGAUCCCGAUGAUACAACAUACGUAGACGUACCGAUGACGGUUGAUGAAGAUGUUAUGAAUAGAAGCACAAGUUCACAAUACACAGAAAGAUACGAUUGUUUUAACUUUGCCUUGAUGUGUGACAGAUUUGGUGUGUCUGAUAGAGUAGCGUCAGCAUUGGCAACCAGUCUUUUCAAAGAUUUUGAAAUGAAAGAUCAGCAUGGCGAACCUCUCAUCAUGGAUAAAUCGAAAGUUCGUAGAGAAAGAGAGAAAUGCAGACGAAUAGUGCUCCGCAAAAGGUUUGAUGAUUCCAGUUUAAUAGCGUUUUCAUUCGACGGCAGAAAAGAUGAUACUUAUACGAGAGAAAAAAUUGAUGGUAAGUAUCAUAGUAGGAUGGUAAAAGAACCUCACCUUGUUAUUUUGAGAGAACCGAAUUCUCGAUUGAUUGGUUAUGCAAGACUGGUAGAGGAAAGUGCUGAAUACAAAACAACAAAAUUGAAUGAAUUUUUCAACGAUAAAAACAUAUCUCUGGAUGCAUUGAUUGGCAUAUGCACUGACGGUGAGCCAACAAACACUGGCACACACGGUGGAAUUAUACGAAGAUUCGAAUUGCUGCUAAAAAGACCAUUGCAUUGGUUUGUUUGCCUUCUACACUUCAACGAACUUCCGUUUCGACAUUUGUUUGGGGUUUUGGAUAAAUCAUCCACCACUGGACCAACAUCAACAACCGGGAAACUAAGCAAGCAAAUUGAAAAUUCUGAAGCUCUUCCGGUGGUGAGCGACUUUCAGAGAAUUGCGUUGGAAAAUAUGCCUCCUGUUGCAGAACAGCACGAAUAUUCCACCGAUUCGCAGUACUUAUACGACAUGGCACAUGCAAUUUCUAAUGGCGUGGUUUCUGUGGAUCUGGCUAACAUAAAACCAGGGGAAAAUGUACAUUCUCGCUGGCUCACCAAGGCCGCUAGAUUAUUACGAUUAUAUGUGACAAUGAAAAAACCACCUAAAAAUUUAAGAAUUCUGGUUGAAUUUAUAAUUAAGGUUUAUGUGCCAAUGUAUUUUAAUAUCAAGUAUUACAGCUCUGUCGUGUACGGAAGUGUAUUAUUUUUCAAGUACAUUACUUGGGCACAAUUUCUGGAGCCAAAUUUACGCACUGUUGUCAAUCAUGUAAUUAAAAAUAAUCCAUAUUUUGCACAUUCGGAAAAUAUCUUGCUAUCAAUGUUGUUUGAUGAUAGGAAAGAGGUGCGCAACUCUGCUAUCAAGAAAAUUUUACGAUAUCGAGACAAUGUUGAAGACCCAUCGGAACUUAGAGAAUAUAAAAAACCAGAUAUAAACUUCCAUUGCUUCGAUUACACGAAAAUGAUCGAUUUGACUGAUAAAAAUAACGUAUUUGAACCACCAUUCACGCGAAUCAUUCCGUAUGAAACAUUGAUAGCAUAUUUAAAUGAAGAUGAUUCACCAUUUACUGAUCCGCAUAUUCCAUUACAUAUACAAGGAACGGAACAACACGUUCAACUGCUAGCUAGCGUUUCCAAACGAGUAAUAUCGGAAAAUGUAGAGGCUGUUAUGGAGGCGACAUUAGAGAGCCGUGCGAAAUUGCCCAGUGUUGAAACCAAAAAAGACUUCAAACAAUAAUUUUUUAGUUUCUUUCCUAUGUUCUGAUCGAAUAAAUUUUUAAAGAGAAAACAAAAAUCCAAAAACAAAAAAAAAACACAU